CAUUUUCCGGCACAUACACACACACAGAGAGAGAGAGAUGAGCGCGGCAUGGAGGUGGGUCGUGAGGAUGACAAGGGACUCGAAGCCAUUCUUCUUGACGUUUGCCACCGUAUGCGGCGUCGUACCGGGUGUUAUCGGCUACUGCGUUAUGCAGAUGACCAACUCCAGCAACCAACAGCUUGAAGCCCAACUCCGCCAGAAAGCUAGUCCCGAAUCCCUUAUGAUGGGGAAAGUUAACAAAGAUAGGCUGGCAGAAUUCCUUGGGGAACUACAAAGGAAGGAGGAAACCAAUGACAGAUAUGUAGCUGCUCUAAAAGGUGAGACAUUGACUAGAAAGCAAUACGUGAGAAUUCAACCAAUCCCGGAUAGUAGCAACACUGAAGCUAAAAAGGAAGACAAGGUCGAGAAUGUUUAGUGGUUCUGGGAAUCGAUUUGUUGUAGCAGGGCAUGGACUAGAAUGUUUCAUUGUUACACAACAUACACCUGAUUAUUCUGACUCUCUGAAUCAUGGAUGUUUCUUCCCCCUGCCUCCUCUAUAUAUGUAUCUUUCUUUUUUUGGUAGGUAAUAAUAUCUCUUCUUUUUCAUUGUUUCA